GACCGGUCUGUCCCGUUGCUGGAGCUGUGCUUCCGCUGUUCAUGUGUGUGUGUAUCUAUCCCUGUGCAUGUGUGUGAGGGGAAUGUGUGUUGUCACUCUGUCCUCAGCCCCAGUCGACCCAGCCUGGUCCUACCCUACCCUGCCCCGCCUGGUGAUGGUGUGUCAGUUUCAGUCACUGACUCUGCCUCUGCCCAAAGAUUAGGCUUGGAGCAGGGAGGGGGAGAAGACGAAGGGCUUCUGCUGCCACCGUUGUGUGCUUAUGUGUGUGUGUGAGAGUUGUGUUUGCCGUGUUGUCAGAGGCUACCCUCUAACUCAGCUUUUCAUUUAUCCUGCGCUCGUACACCGACAGAUUGUCACAGAGGAGCAUAAUACUUGUUAUGCAAUGAUGUUAUUGUUUGUUGGCCUGCAAACCCUCUCUAUCGUCCCUUCAUCAUAACAGUGUGUUUUUACAUAGUGUCAGUGUGUUGUGUGUUUGUGUUCAUCAUGGGCUAUCAUGCUCACGUUGCUACGGAUCCUGCCUGCAGUAACUGGUCCCAUGAGCACCUCCAGAACAUCAGAACACUGGUCUCUUACACACUGUUUGCCUAGAAACACCAAACUAGCAGAACAUUGAUGUCCCAUGGUUUGGGCCUGAUACAUAAAAAAAGAUAUAGCGUUUAUAUGAAUCUCUAUGGCCUCUCUCUGAAACCGCUACCUCUGCCUCCAGCACCCAUCUCUCUACUAAAUUAUGUGAAAUGGAGGAGGUGUGGUGAAUGUAACUGGUGGAUGGUAGUGACCUGUCUAACAGGCUAGUGUUUGUUCUGUAGGGAUGUUCUAGGGAUGGUUGUACAGCCUCAGGCAGGAGCAGGGAUGUGGCUUUUACUAGCUGCAGUAGUGUGGAUGUGUGGAGAGGCACAGAGCCAGGGCUAAAGCCUCUCUGCACACACGCAGAUACACACCGCUUAUCUGGAAGCCCCUGUCCCAUGUAAUAUCUCAUCUCGAUCUGAGAUGUGACCACAACACAGCACUGGGGAAUGGCUGAGUCUAGUGCAUAUGCAUAUAGGGCCUAAGCAUUAAGAAGACACAUUGGAGCUUAAGUUCAAGCAGAACCGUCAACCUUUAGAUAAGACUUCUAUGUCCAGUAAACAAUCAAUACUAGAGCUAUAGCCGUAGUAUCUCUCUGUAGUGCUGCAUUCAGCAGAGGGAGGAUAUGAUAGGUAGGCUACUCAGCUAGGAUUCUAUAUAGCUGGAGGAGGAGGCUCUUAUUUCACUGUUUUCACUUCAGGAAUUCAAGCAUUAACAGGAGGAGGCAGGGAGCAUCGUAUGUGUGAAGUGGACUGGAAAUACUGCCGUCUGUGUGCAUUUUCCUAUCUGUGUGUGUUUUCCUUAAUUUUUUUGUCAUUUAGCAGACACUCUUAUCCAGAGCGACUUACAGGAGCAAUUAGGGUUAAGUGCCUUGCUCAAGGGCACAUCAGCAGAUUUUUCACCUAGUCGGCUCAGGGAUUAGAACCAGCGACCUUUCGGUUACUGGCACAACGCUCUUAACCACUAAGCUACCUGCUGUCUGGUCUGUCUGUCUGUCUGGUCUGUCCGUCGGUCUGUCGGUCUGUCGGUCUGUCUGUCUGUCUGUCGUGUGUUUAUAUGUUUUGUUAAUGCGUGUUUACUAGUUUUUCCUUGACUCUGCUUUAGGACUGCUCUCCCUCAGGCUCCUGAGUACUGCCUGCUGACUAGCCUAGCUAUCGCUGAGUCACUGUGCUGGGCUGCUGGGAACAACACACACAGUAGCUGUAGGAUAAUAUUAUCAGCAUCACUCACUACAGCCCCCGGCCCCAAGCACUGGUCUAGGAUCAGACCAGUCAACCCUCAGCUCUGACUCCAACCAGGGUUGUGCUAAGAACACAAAACUGAUCCAGAAUCAGCUGAUAAAUAUUUGAUGUGAGGGAGGGAAGGAGGGUCAGGCAUCCAGAGUAAUGACAGGGUGCUAUGUGUUAGGUAACUACCAUGUAGCUCUGCCUCUAGGCUCUGUCUGUCUGGAAAGGGACAGGUUGUCGAACUGGCUGGCUGUCCUCUCCUCUCCUCCAGCCAUUCAACCACUCAGCCCAGCUGUUUCCCUGACUCAUGGAAAAUCACUGCAGUGAGAGCCCACAGUGUGUGUGGGGUGGGAGGGGGGUACGUGCGUAUGAAUCUGCAUUACGUCCUGUCUGAUCUAAUGUCCUUCCUACUGUCUCAGCAGACACUGUGUGUGUGUGUGUGUGUAGUGUGUGUGCGUGCGUGCGUGUGUGUGUAGUGUGUAGUGUGUCAAGCCACUGGAAGUAAAAUAAAAGAGAAUGGGCUUUGCCUGGUCCAGCCACAUCAGAGGAGAGUGGAGGGGGAAUCCUUAUUUUCCAUGACUCACAGGGAUGAAUAGCAGACAUGUUUGAGUGAAUGAGAUGUCAUUAAGUGUCCAUUGUAAUACAGAUGGCUGAUGGAUUUUGGCAGGAGAGGAAACCACCCAUCUCCCUCUACUAAUGGAGAAUACAUCUAGCUGGCUAUACCAAGCUAGCACUACUGGCUGGGGCCGCUUGCGUUGUGUGGCAUGUCUUCAUGCUAUUAGGAUGGGCAUGGACUCCUCUGAUGUCCCCUUCCUUGUUUAUCUCUGACAUAUAAAGAUCUACUGUGUGUAGGACUGUAGGUGCUGCUUGUCAUAUAAUUGUAUGAGUCAUUUGUCCUCUUAUCCAGUUGAUGGCAGUGAUGCCAACUCUGUGUUGUUGUUUUUACCGCACUGCUUUGCUUUAUCUUGGCCAGGUCGCAGUUGUAAAUGAGAACUUGUUCUCAACUGGCUUACCUGGUUAAAUAAAGGUGAAAUAAAUAAAAUAAAAUGCCACUGUAUGCUAGAGAUGGCUACAGCAUACAGUGGUGGAGAGAGAGCUGCAAGUUUAAUGGGGACGACGGUCCCACAGGGACUGAGAUGACCUUAUUUUACCAGUGUGUCAUCAGAUAGGAUGGCCACCAGCCUCAAUAUAUCGUGUAGCAUAUUUCUCUGGGUGGGGAUCCAUACUCUGCUCCUUGCUAGUUAGCCAAGGUGGGACAGACAGGUCUGGGAAUUGUCUAAUUGUAUUGUAGGUCAGAAUUGAUUUGGGCUGGCGGGAGAGGGGAGAGUGUACAUUCUGCUCCUAUUCUGUCUUUAUUCUUCAUCCCCACCUCCUGUGAACUUUUAAAACAAACAAGAGAAAUAAAAUAAAUAGGGUAAAGCAAAUUAACCUGAAUGCAGGGAAAGUAGAACAAUAGUCCCAGUCAGUCUGCCAACUUGUCUCAGAACAUCAACAUCCUCCUGGUGAAAGUCAUUGAGAGGGUAAAUAACAGAGAAGGCCAUGUUUAAAUGAAGUGUAGAGCAUUCAUGAUGAUGGAACAAAUCCCUUCUAUGUUUACCAGCCCUGAGCCAGGGGGAGACUGGGGGGAGACAGGAGGGGGGAGGGGGUAGCCAUCUGUCUGUCUGCAGGGACCAGGGAGUAGGAGGGGUCUGUCUCUCAAACUCAGGGUGGAGACUAGAGAGAGGACGCACACACGCUCAUACACAUACACACGGGGCGGCAGGUAGCUUAGUGGGUAAGAGCGUUGUGCCAGUAACUGAAAGGUCGCUGGUUCUAAUCCCCGAGCCGACUAGGUGAAAAAUCUGUCGAUGUGCCCUUAAGCAAGGCACUUAACCCUAAUUGCUCCUGUAAGUCGCUCUGGAUAAGAGCGUCUGCUAAAUGACUAAAAUGUAAAUGUAAAUGUACACGCUCAUACACUCAUACCCACACACACUACCAACAGGCAGGAAGGGGGCACUGCAGCAGCCAUCCUUCAUCUGCCUCUCCCCAUGAUGACCCUGCCUCCCGGCACUAUUGGCAGACAUCCAAGUCUGACAUUGUGUGUGUCUGUGUGUGUAGAUGAAUACAGGGAGAGUGUGUGUGUGUGUGUGUGUGUGCGUGUGUGUGUGUGCAUGUGAGUGUAAUCAUACGCUUAUGACAGCAAUGGGGUAAGCAGAUUCUGGGGUGAGUAGUUUCUGUCCAUAGAGGGAAUCUAAAUUCUGCUCUGAGAAGAGACUGAAUGUGGUUGAAAUCAGAGAUGCAGUUUGGGGCUCUCUUAAAGGUCUGACUCUCUGUACUGUUGUCCUCCCCUCUGGCAGUCCAGUUUUAGUUCUCUCCUCCAGGCCUUUUGUUUCAGGCUUGUCAUCAGUAUAAUUACUGUAAUUCCGUUUUGUCUGCGUCUGAGAACAAAGGAUCAGGAUUAUGCCCCCAGAGCAGACAUGCCUGCUGCUGGUAGUGUUCAAGUAAACCUUAACCAGUCUCUAGCCUAAAUUAAGGAAAGGAUAUCUGUUAAAGUUGUGCAGCAUAAGGAAACUGACUGUUUACUGUUAUAUUUGAUAACAUGGACCAGGGUUCCCCAAUAUUUGUUGUGUUUUAAUUUUAUUAUUGGACAUAAAAGACUAAAAACACCAGUAAAUCAGCUCCAAAUGAUUUACAUUUUAAAAAUAUUUUCCUAAUUAUUCCCACGCAUAAUAAAGAGAUAUUAUUGUAUACAAAUGUAAGCUAGGUUGAAAAUGAUUGUUUUAGUCUAAAUCUGUUUGGGCUUCUUGUGCUCAAUUUGCAGUCUAGAAAUUAUUUAUAAUUAAAUUCCGGCCCCCUGACCAUCUGCUGAAUAAAAAUAUAAUCCCAUGGCUGAAUGUAGUUGAUGAUCCCUGUUUCUGUAUUGAUGGCUGGUACAUUCCACAUACCAGUAGAUGGCAGUGUUCUUCAACACAGUUCAGAUCUUUCUCAGUGUGACAUGUUAUUUACAAGAUUAGGUUCCAAAAAUUGCACCAUGGACUGAGCAAGCUCAGGUGAUGCUUAUGUGUCGUUAUGGUGUUAGCAGGGCUACUCUCACUAGACGUUCAUUGAGCAGCUCUCUCACCCCAUGACAAGGAAAGUUAAAUAAAUUGGGGGGGCAGUGCACUUAGCUUACAUCAGCCAUGGUUUUUCCCAUGGUGGGUGGCAAUUUUUUAAAUGAUUUUUCAAUGGCAGUGCUGUCCUAAAGUUUAAUAGGUCAACAUUACAAAAGUUUCAGAGCGGCAGCAUCAUCCAUUGUCCUUUUAUGAGCAGAUAAAGUGAGAAUAUUUCAGUUUACCCACAAUCCUUUGCAACAAGCAUUUGCAUAUUGAACUCAAUCAGAAGGAAAAGGGUUUUAGGAUAAUAAUUUUGGUAAAAAAUGAUGAUGUUAUUGUAAUUUCGAUGUAGUUUAUUUCAUAUUUUGUAUUUUUAUAUUUAUUCAAAAUUCCCUCCUUUUGUGUUUUCCAGGUGGCUUUGCUAGGAAUAGACCUUUUAUCUGCCUUAGUGACACGGUUACAGGACCGAUUUAGGAACCAUGUGGGAACAGGUAAGAUUGUGUAAUUUUAUUAUCUUAAAAAAGAUAACUUUCUUCAUGGUUAAAUUAGUUCAAAUAAAAAUAGGUUUAGGUUUCUAGACAAAAUGUCUGACAAAAAAACACUGAAUUGGAUUCCUGCAUAGACUAGGCUAUUGAGCUGCAUUGGAUUUUAACUCCUCGUUCACACCUUUAGAUAACAAUGCUACCUCUUCCCUGUCUUCUCUUCUCUCCUCUGUGUCUCCAUCUCUCUCUCCUGUGUCUCCAGUACUGGCCAGUCUGAUAGAUCGUCUGGGUGAUUCCAAAGACCAAGUCAGAGACCAAGAUCAAAUCCUGCUGCUGAAAAUCAUGGAGCAGGCUGCCUCCCCACAGGUACGUACACACAUACACACACACACACACACACACACACACACACACACAGCCUUCCCACAAGUGGAGCUUUCCUGGGCUAACCUGUACACACAGACGAGCUAUUGACAAACCAGGAUCAUAGGAUUACCCAGCUUUCUCGUGGUGAUACUACAGUACUGUCAAAGGUCAAUCCCACAAUCUCAAAUUAAUACAUUCCUAGUUUAUUGAUUUCUGAAUCCCUAGUACCCUUUGAUUCCUGACUCGAUUGUAUGUUAAUUUAUAUGAUCCUGAUCCAUGAUAAAAAAAGUGAUUGAUUGUUGACCUGGUACAAAUAUCAUGUACUCUCCUCCCCAGUACGUGUGGGACAGAAUGCUGGGAGGCUUCAAACACAAGAACAACAGGACCAGAGAGGGAGUGUGCCUUUGUCUCAUCUCAACUCUCAACAUGUAAGACUGCCUGGCCUCUCAAUCACACAUCUUUAAAUCUGUCUUUCCUUACUAUACAACGGAAGGGUAUUAGAGCUGUCAGCUGAUUUAUUUUAACAUUGCUAAUGUUUUUUAUCAUUAGUGCGUAAUGGACAGGGUAGAAUUCAAUAUUCAUUUUUAGAUUUCUGGUUUCUAAUACUCUGGUAGCAAUGGACAUUUUACUAACUGCCAAGAGAAUGGAUGAGCCUAGAUUUGAUUUAAAAUCUGACAAUAUUAUCUGAUGUGUAUCAUAGUGAAUUAUACAAUUAUAUUAUGGUAAGGUCUUUAUUGUCAGGAGUCUUUAUUUUUUUGUGAUGCUAUAGCUAAUGCUUACCUAUGAUGUCAUUGACAUCCUGUCUUUUUAUUUUUAAUUUUGUUUUUAAAAAAUGUUUAGGGGGUAGAUCAGCUUUAAUAUUGCAGAUAGAUUGUAACAUCCAUCAAUGUAAUUGUCUGCAUCACUUCCAAUCCCCCAUCCUCUGUCUUUGUUCUUCCAGGUACGGAGCCCAAGGCUUAACCCUCAGUAAAAUAGUCCCUCACAUAUGUAAUCUUCUAGGAGAUCCCACCAGUCAGGUAUGUACAGCCUGUUUGUGUCCCACUCUGUUUGCUGUGUCAUGAAUGAGUUUAUUACGUUGCUGGCCAGGGAGAGAGAGAGCUCUAGCACAGACAAAGGAGUCGACUGCAGCAGCAUUUUACCAUAGGGACAUGGAGCCCCCUAGUGGCUGUACAGAGAUGUACAACCACAACAUAACAGUGCCAUCUGCUGGUGGAGGCUGGCGUAGUGUUUCUCUACACAAACUGUGUUUUAAGAGCAGUAAACAUAUCAAACUAGUAGUCUAAGAACGCUAAAAUGACCUUUGAACGUUACCCCUUGUUGUCCUCAGGUGAGAGACGCAGCUAUGGGCUGCCUAGUGGAGAUCUACAGACACGUGGGGGAAAGGGUGAGGAUGGACCUUAGCAAGAAGGGCCUACCACAGUCACGGUACGAUGGACCUUCUACCUCUGUCUGUCUGUCUGUCUGUCUGUCUGUCUGUCUGUCUGUCUGUCUGUCUGUCUGUCUGUUUCUCCUCUCUCUCUCUCUCUCUCUCUCUCUCACUCUCUCACUCUCCCUCUCUCGCAUUCUCCCCCCUCACUAUUCAUACUUCUUUCUCCCUCUUCCUCCCCCUCUCUUACUGUACCGAGUGUGUAAAUGGGUCAGGUAUAGUGCUGAUUCAGCAGCCUUCCCAGCACAAGGCUGUGUAUUAGGAAGUUAGGUUGUGAUCAUAGUGAAAAACACAGAAGUAGAAUAAUGCAAUUCUGUUUCUUUGGUAUAAAGGCCUAUACCAUUACCAUUUUGUAUAUGCAGAAUCUUUCAUAUUGAAGUGCUUAUUGUACACUUUCUCUGAACAGCCUACAUAACACUGUAGACCAGAACACUGUAGACCAGAACACUGUAGACCAGAACAAUGUGAAAGAGGUGUUGGUCUCAUGUAAAGGAAACCACCUAGGCUAAAUUAUCUGUUAAUGUCAAGUGUUAGAUGUGUUUCAUUCAAGCUUACUGUAUAACACUGACAAUGCAGAAUCUUUAAAUCAAAAGUGAAUGUCUCACUUUUCUGCAGUGUCUCCCUGAAAACUGAUAAUUUCAACAGGCCAUUAGUCCCUAGUGUCCAGCUAUCCACAUAAAGCCUCAUAGCCUCUGGCAGCCUCAGACCAUAACCCCAGAAUGGCUGUCUAGUGUCUUCUAUCAGUGGUCAUAAUCUACUGAUCGCUCUCAUCCAGCUCUGCCCUGGCCUGCAGUGUUUAAUAAAGAACACUCCACCAUAACCACUAGCUAGCUAGCUAGCUGCCCUUUCACUGUGGCUGUCAGACCUCCAAUUACCUUUCCCCUGUGAGAAGUGAAGCACCAUGGGUAAUAUAUAACGUUACCGCUGCCGCACCAGCCUGCCUGUGUCUGUGGAGUGGAUGUAGGGGAGGGAUUGAGUACAUGGUAGCCAGACGUCAGUCUUUAUUGAAUUAAUCCAUACACCAAUACACUUGUUAUUGGAUUAGACCGUCCGCUGUACUGUGAUGCCUCAUUGGAGAACAGCUGCUGAGGAGAGCUUGGACGCAGGCCUGCGAUAGGCUAAUCUUGGCCACAGAGGCUCUUGGGUUGCCCUUGAAGUCUCUCAGUGAUAUGAUACUAAGUGAUACCACAGUAUUUAAUCAUGAUGGUAGUGGGAGUGACCGGGACAUUUUUGAUGACUCAGCCUGGCCUCCAGCUAAGUGCCUGCAUUGUUGAGUGGGGAAGGGAAGCAGAUUGAUUCAUUCCCAUUUGUCUCUGUGGUUUGAGAAUUAAAGGGGAACAUCUGUUCUGACCGGGCCAUCUGUCUCUCUGAUCGUCCCCCCAUUUAGUUUACUGCUGCCAUUUUUGGUCCUGGUAUUGGUUAUCCUACCCACUCUUCAUUGUUUUUUAGCUGGUAUUACAAAACUAUUUCCCAGACCCAAAGGGAAGAGAUGCCUCUUUAUAAAGGGAACUUGAAGGGGCAGGGUUGGAAGAGGGGUAAGCUCAUUUGGUCUCCCUUUAGGAGUGCUUCCUCUGCUCAUGAUUAGAUUUGGUCUGGGGUGUAGGCCAGGGAGGGUGCUGAGGCUCUCUAGUGCCCACCUGUGCCCUCCUUCUGUCUAUAGGCACACUCUUAAUCCAGUUACUCCAAGAGAUCCAUGAGCAAUUAAAAUGGAGAUUAGUUAGAUCCAGUUAAAUACUAACUAAGCCUUCAUCUCCUUAUGUUCAGAGGAGAUUCCACCGGCCAAAAACCUUGUAUUUACAUUUUACAUUUUACAUUUUAGUCAUUUAGCAGACGCUCUUAUCCAGAGCGACUUACAGUUAGUGAGUACAUACAUAUAUAUUUUUUCAUACUGGCCCCCCGUGGGAUUCGAACCCACAACCCUGCCGUUGCAAGCGCCAUGCUCUACCAACUGAGCUUUGAAUAUGUCAAAGUCUUCCACAGUUAGAUAAAAUGAAUGUGAUUUAAAUUAACUGUCCAGUAAAAAUCUCACUUUUAAAAUUGAAAUAAGGUUUUACUCUGAUGAAUAUUUUUUAUGAUCGCUAUACGUCCACACCAUUCUGUUGGGGUACGACCACACCAGGGUUUCCGUUAGCCGGUAAUUGUCGUCUUUUGGCCGUAAAAAAAAUAUAAUGAAAAGCCGAUAAAUACAAUUGUUGCCGGCCAAAUUGACCGGGAGAAAAAACAAAGCACUUCAAACAAAAGACAAUAAAAAAAUGUAUACUCGUAAAUGAUGGUUAUGAAAUAAACCAAAACUUGUUUCUCAGAAUUGUAGCAGGUUGGGAACUCUACAAACAAUGUUUCUCUCAGAGAAUGAGAACGGUAAAUGACUAUAUGCCUAAUUAGUAAUACAAUGCACUAACAGAAAUUAAUGUAACCAAAUGAUGGGUAUUAACGGUUACGGUACAUUUACUACUUGUGACAUAUGUAAUGUGGAAUUUGUAAAAAUAAACAAUCAAAGAACAAACAAUUCACAUGAAACAAUGAAUGCGCAAAAUUGGCAGGAGACAGCUGAGUGGAUUCUGGAGCGCUGAGUGCAUGCAUUCUGGAGAGAGACAGGCCUCUGGGCUAUUUUCGCCACACACCCCUCCCUUUCUUCUUGUCUCAACAUUUUAAAUUAUACACAAGACACAUUAACUUCACACAUAUUUCAGAUGCUUUUAAAAAAAACUGACAGCCUCAACUCAAUAAUCAGCUAGGCCUUUUGCCACACACGCUGCCUAUGAAAGACUACCUCAAAUGCCAUUUCUCUCCUGUUCUAUUGGUUUUCAUAUCAACUUUCUUUCAUUGUCCAGAAGACAAAUGCACAAUCCUAGUCAUUAGCAACCCAUCCUAGUUGUUGCAUCUUUAAAUUCACCCUCUUUCUAUGUUUCUAGCUGAGAUUUUCAUCUCUGUCAUAUACCGCUUGCAUCAGGUGUUCUGUUUAGAAAUAUGUUUUCCCUUUUGCGAAUUGCAUUUUGGCAAAUGUUUGAAAAUUACAUUUUAUUGGCUGCUUCAUUACAGGAGUUGCAUGUUUUGUUAAGAUUAAUUACCGUAAUCUAAAUGUGAUUUCGGUCAUGCUGAGAACCGUGGGUGGACGCCCUAAUUGCCGAAAUUGUCGCAACCCCUAUUACUAGUCUGUUCAACCUCUCUUUCAUAACGUCUGAGAUCCCCAGAGAUUGGAAAGCUGCCACGGUCAUCCCCCUCUUCAAAGGGGGUGACACUCUAGAUCCAAACUGCUACAGACCUAUAUCCAUCCUGCCCUGCCUUUCGAAAGUAUUUGAAAGCCAAGUUAACAAACAGAUCACCGACCAUUUCGAAUACCACCGUACCUUCUCCGCUAUGCAAUCCGGUUUCUGAGCUGGUCAUGGGUGCACUUCAGCCACGCUCAUGGUCCUAAACGAUAUUAUAACCGCGAUUGAUAAUAGACAGUACUAUGCAGCCGUCUUCAUCGACCUGGCCAAGGCUUUCGACUCUGUCAACCACCGCAUUCUUAUUGGCAGACUAAAUAGCCUUGGUUUCUCAAAUGACUGCCUCGCCUGGUUCACCAACUACUUCUCAGAUAGAGUCGGAGGGCCUGUUGUCUGGACCUAUGGCAGUCUCUAUGGGGGUGCCACAGGGUUCAAUUCAUGGGCCGACACUUUUCUCUGUGUAUAUCAAUGAUGUCGCUCUUGCUGCUGGUGACUCUCAGAUCCACCUCUACGCAGACGACACCAUUUUGUAUACAUCUGGCCCUUCAUUGGACACUGUGUUAACAAACCUCCAAACGAGCUUUAAUGCCAUACAACACUCCUUCAGUAGCCUCCAACUGCUCUUAAACACUAGUAAAACUAAAUGCAUGCUUUUCAAUCGAACGCUGCUGGCACCCGCCCACCCGACUAGAAUCACCACUCUUGACGGGUCUGACCUAGAGUAUGUGGACAACUACAAAUACCUAGGUGUCUGGUUAGACUGUAAACUCUCCUUCCAGACUCACAUAAAGAAUCUCCAAUCCAAAGUUAAAUCUAGAAUCGGCUUCCUAUUUCGCAACAAAGCCUCCUUCACUCAUGCUGCCAAACAUGCCCUCGUAAAACGGACUAUCCUACCGAUCCUUGACUUCGGCGAUGUCAUUUACAAAAUAGCCUCCAACACUCUACUCAGCAAAUUGGAUGUAGUCUAUCACAGUGCCAUCCGUUUUGUCUCCAAAGCCCCAUACGCUACCCACCACUGUGACCUGUACGCUCUUGUUGGCUGGUCCUCACUACAUGUUCGUCGUCAAACCCACUGGCUCCAGGCCAUCUAUAAAUCACUGCUAGGCAAAUCCCCGCCUUAUCUUAGCUCAUUGGUCACCAUAGCAGCACCCACCCAUAGUCUGCGCUCCAGCAGGUACAGUGCCCUCCACUAUUAUUGGCACCCCUGUUUAAGAUGUGGUCGAGGACUUCCAAAAAUUCUCAUUUUUUUUUAAACAACAUAGAACCCAAAUGCAAAAAAAGAGAAAAAUCCAACCUUUUAUUUAAGUACAUUACUUUGGUGGUAAAAAAAAAAAUCACACAUUUAGAAAAGAAAAACUUGAAAUCAUGUGUCCCACAAUUAUUGGCACCCCUAACAAUUCCGCUGAAAAUUUUAAUUGAUUUUUUUAAAAAUAUAUUUUUCUGUAGUUGCUAAAGUUGGUCAGGGUAUCUAAUUAAUUUAAUUAGUAAUUCAUGACUUCCUGUUUCCCUGGGGUAUAAAUAUGACGUGACACAGAGGCCUAAUUCUCUUACCCAUUUGUCAACAUGGCAAAGACAAGAGAACACACCAUUCAAGUAAGGCAGAUUUGUGUCGACCUUCAUAAGUCAGGCAAUGGCUACAAGAAAAUAGCCACUCGCCUUAACUUGCCCGUAUCUACAGUCAGAGGAAUCAUUAAGAAGUUUAAAACAACUGGAACAGUGACAAACAAGGCUGGAAGAGGUCCCAUGUUUAUCUUGCCAAAACGCACAGUGAGGAGGAUGGUAAGAGAAGUAAAAAAAAAGUCCUAAGCUCACUGUCACAGAAUUGCAUCAAAGAGUGGCAUCUUGGGGUCACAAAGUCUCCAAAAUAACCAUCAGACGCUCUCUACAUGCCAACAAGCUGUUUGGGAGGCAUGCAAGGAAAAAGCCUUUUCUCACUAACACUCACAAACGUAAACGUCUGGAGUUUGCUAAGCGGCACUGGGACUUCAACUGGGAUCGUGUGCUUUGGUCAGAUGAGACUAAGAUUGAGCUUUUUGGCAACAAACACUCUAAGUGGGUCUGGCGUAAAACAAAAGAUGAGUAUGCCGAAAAGCACCUCAUGCCCACCGUGAAGUAUGGUGGAGGAUCUGUGAUGCUGUGGGCCUGUUUCUCUUCCAAAGGCCCUGGGAACCUUGUUAGGGUGCAUGGCAUUAUGAACGCUUUGAACUACCAGGACAUUUUAAAUAAAAACCUGAUGGCCUCUGCCAGAAAGCUGAAGAUGGGUCGUCAUUGGGUCUUUCAGCAGGAUAAUGAUCCAAAGCAUGUGGCAAAAUCUACACAAAAAUGGUUCAGCAGUCACAAUCUCAAGGUCCUCCCAUGGCCAUCUCAGUCCCCAGACCUCAACCCAAUCGAAAACCUGUGGGGCGAGCUAAAGAGGAGAGUGCAUAAGAGAGGACCCAGGACACUGGAUGAUCUAGAAAGAUUGUGCAAAGAAGAAUGGUCAAAGAUCCCUCUCUCUGUGUUCUCCAAUCUUGUGAAAUGUUAUAGGAGGAGAUUAAGUGCUGUAUUGUUGGCAAAAGGGGGUUGUACAAAGUAUUAACAUCAGGGGUGCCAAUAAUUGUGGGACACAUGAUUUCAAGUUUUUUUUUUUUUAUGUGUGAUUUUCUUUUUUUAUGUGUGAUUUUUUUUUUUACACCAAAGUAAUGUAUUUAAAUAAAAGGUUGGAUUUUUCUCUUUUUUUGCAUUUGGGUUCUAUGUUGUUUAAAAAAAAAAUGAGAAUUUUUGGAAGUCCUCGACCACAUCUUAAACAGGGGUGCCAAUAAUUGUGGAGGGCACUGUAUAUCUCACUGGUCAUUCCCAAAGCCAACACCUCCUUUGGCCGCCAUUCCUUCCAGUUCUCUGCUGCCAAUGACUGGAACGAAUUGCAAAAAUCUCUGAAGCUGGAGACUCUUAUCUCCCUCACUAACUUUAAGCAUCAGUUGUCAGAGCACCUUACCGAUCACUGCACCUGUACACAGCCCAUCUGAAAUUAGCCCACCCAACUACCUCAUCCCUAUAUUGUUAUUUAUUUUGCUCUUUUGCACCCCAGUAUCUCUAUUUGCACAUAAUCUCUUGCACAUCUAGCAUUCCAGUGUUAACACUAUUGUAAUUAUUUUGCACUAUAGCCUAUUUAUUGCCUUACCUCCAUAACUUGCUACAUUUGCACACACUGUAUAUAUAUUUUCUGUUGUAUUUUUGACUUUAUGUUUUUUACCCCAUAUGUAACUCUGUGUUGUUUUUAUCGCACUGCUUUGCUUUAUCUUGGCCAGGUCGCAGUUGUAAAUGAGAACUUGUUCUCAACUGGCUUACCUGGUUAAAUAAAGGUGAAAUAAAAAAAAUAUAUAAAAAAAAAUGUGUUGCACACGCAAUGCAUGAGUGUCCGGUAAAUUUUUGAAAUGGCCGAUAAAUUAAAAUCUUCCCGGUCCCGUUGUCUGGCGCCACAUGUUACUAACGGAAACCCUGGACCACACCAUUCCAACACAGAAAAGCUGCUUUUUAAGGUACUUAAUAAAUAAAAAUAGGAAGGAAAACUAUUUCAUUUAUAUUGUAAUUAAUUAUAGGUUAUAUUUCAUAGAAAUCUGGAAACACUGGACAGUUACUUUAAAUAACCUAUGUUGCGUACAGUGUGAGUGUCAUUCUAAUUCCGUCAAUUUAACGAACUGCCGUCUGUGGGAAAAGGGCUGGGGAUAUUGGCUUAGAACUGCUUGCGAUGCCCCUUUAUACUAUUCCAAGUAUACCAAACAUUAGGAACACCUUCCUAAUAUUGAGUUGCACCCCCCCCCCCCCAUUUGCCCUCAGAACAGCCUCAAUUUGUCAGGGCUUGGACUCCACAAGGUGUCGAAAGCGUUCCACCGGGAUGCUGGCCCAUAUUGACUCCAAUGCUUCCCACAGUUGUGUCAAGUUGGCUGGAUGUCUUUUGGGUGGAAAAACCCAGAUGCGUUGCAGUUCUUGACACAAACCGGUGCGCCUGGCAUACCAUACCCCGUUCAAAGACACUUAAAUAUUUUGUCUUGCCCAUUCACCUUCUGAAUGGCACACAUACACAAUCCAUGUCUCAAUUGUCUCAAGGCUUAAAAGUACUUCUUUAACUUGUCUCGUCCCCUUCAUCUACACUGAUUGAAGUGGAUUUAACAAGUGACAUCAAUAAGGGAUCAUAGCAUUCACCUGGUCAGUAUGUUAUGGAAAGAGCAGGUGUUCUUAAUGUUUGGUAUACUCAGUAUAUGUGUAUGUGAAUAUAAUGAGAGAUGCAAAUUGUGUAAAAUUGCAUUCGAAUGUAAAAGGAUUUAGCUGCCUACUAGACAAGUUCUUGUUAACUGUGUCUACGCAGCAUUUUCACUAAUUGACACCACAAGUUCCUGGCUCAUUUUAUCAGUGUAAUGCAGUGAUAAUAAACCCUACAUCUUUAGUACAUCAUACAGAUACAUUUUGUUGAUUUGAGAACUUUAGCUUAGAAAUGUGUGUGUUGUUAACAUUUGUUAGUUAAAGACCGCUUUCAACACAGCAGCUGAGCCAGUCCUGACAUAUUGAAGUUCUUCAGUCACUCUUCCUGUUUGAAUUGAUGUCUCUGGGAUAUUUAGAUAUUGUCAACGUGAUACGAUACGAUAUAUCGUCAUAAAUAACAUCCCGAUAUUUAACUGUAUUGAGUUUCUUCCCCCCAUCCCUAGUCUAUUAUUGGUCUAGUUUGGCUCGCCAUUCUUCUGAACAGGCCAGGGGGAAAUGUUCUCUCUGACAGGUAGAGAUCGAUACAGUCAGUUGAAUCAGCGAGUUUCAGCCAUUCAUCUUCCUGUCGCUCUCUGUUUCCUGACCUGUUUUCUCUCUUUUCUCUUCUCUUCCUUCCUUUCCUCUCCUCUUUAGGUUGAGUAUAACCUUCUGUAACUCUCCUCUUUAGGUUGAGUAUAACCUUCUGUAACUCUCCUCUUUAGGUUGAAUAUAACCUUCUGUAACUAUCCUCUUUAGGUUGAAUAUAACCUUCUGUAACUCUCCUCUUUAGGUUAAAUAUAACCUUCUGUAACUCUCCUCUUUAGGUUGAAUAUAACCUUCUGUAACUCUCCUCUUUAGGUUGAAUAUAACCUUCUGUAACUCUCCUCUUUAGGUUGAAUGUAACUCUCCUCUUUAGGUUGAAUAUAACCUUCUGUAACUAUCCUCUUUAGGUUGAAUAUAACCUUCUGUAACUCUCCUCUUUAGGUUGAAUAUAACCUUCUGUAACUAUCCUCUUUAGGUUGAAUAUAACCUUCUGUAACUAUCCUCUUUAGGUUGAAUAUAACCUUCUGUAACUCUCCUCUUUAGGUUGAAUAUAACCUUCUGUAACUAUCCUCUUUAGGUUGAAUAUAACCUUCUGUAACUCUCCUCUUUAGGUUGAAUAUAACCUUUGUUAACUCUCCUCUGCAGGUUGAAUAUAACAUUAUGUAACUAUCCUCUUUAGGUUGAAUAUAACCUUCUGUAACUAUCCUCUUUAGGUUGAAUGUAACCUUUGUUAACUCUCCUCUGCAGGUUGAGUAUAACCUUCUGUAACUAUCCUCUUUAGGUUGAAUAUAACCUUCUGUAACUCUCCUCUUUAGGUUGAAUAUAACCUUUGUUAACUCUCCUCUGCAGGUUGAAUAUAACAUUAUGUAACUAUCCUCUUUAGGUUGAAUAUAACCUUCUGUAACUCUCCUCUUUAGGUUGAAUAUAACCUUCGUUAACUCUCCUCUGCAGGUUGAAUAUAACCUUCUGUAACUCUCCUCUGCAGGUUGAAUGUAAUCUUCAGCAGAUUUGAUGAAGUCCAAAGAUCUGGGAACAUGAUCCCAUCCUCAGGUUCA